GUUCGCUGUUUGUUUACCGCGUGCACGGACGGACCUAUACUUGCGCGAUGACCGUCGAGCCUCCAGGUGGUGCUAAAAGAAACCCUGCAACUGCGUCGCGGCAGCUUGAGAAGAAGAGAGAACAACACCCCAGCAGGCUGGCGAAGAAAACGGGAAGUCCCAGGAAUGCCGAAGAAAUUCCAGGGUGAGAAUUCCAAAUCGGCCACGGCGAAGGCCCGGAAGGCUGAGGCCAAAGCAGUCGCUGAUGCACUCAAACAGAAGGAGCUGGAGGACGCGCUCUGGCAAGAUGAUAACAAACAUGUCAUGAAGAAAGAGCAGAGGAGGGAUGAUAAGGAGAGAAAGCGUUUGGAGGCUCUGGAGAGGAAGAGAGAAAAGCAAAGGCUCUUAGAGGAAGAAGAUGCCAUGAUAAAGGGUAAACAGACAAAAGAAGCCCCCAGUAAAGUGACUCGAGCCCAGAUUGAGGAGAGCCUACAAAGUGGGCAAAAUGUUAAAGAAACCAAGGAAAAAGAGAAAAGCCACUUGGAGAUGCCGCUUGAGGAGAAUGUCAAUCAGAUAGUUCCAGAAGAAGGCACGGUUGAGGCCCGAACCAUUGAAGAUGCCAUCGCAGUUCUCAGCACUAAGGAAGACCUGGAUCGACACCCUGAGCGCCGUGUGAAAGCUGCCUACGCUGCAUUUGAAGAAGCAAACAUGGCGCGCCUUAAAAUGGAGAACCCCAAUAUGCGUCUUUCCCAGCUAAAACAACAGCUCAAGAAGGAGUGGACAAAGUCUCCGGAAAACCCCCUCAACCAGCGAGUGGCUGCCUACAACUCCAAGUAAACCAUCACAAUGGCACUUAAAGACUGACCCUCGGUGCAGAUCCUGACAAAUACAAAAAUGCACCACGAUUAAAAUUGGACACAAAAUUAACAAAUAAACUGCUGAUCUAUUCACACCCCUCACCUCAUACCUGAACUCACAGGCAAACUUGAAUUAUUUAACUAAUUAUUCAAUAAAUAUCUGAUGAUUUAUGAACAGCAUACAACCUAUUUUGCUUACCUGCUAGACAAUGGCCUUUCAAGAGCUGCUGGGAAGUUUCUCGGUUUGGUUUUGAGUGAACGCAGAGUGGAUUCUCAACUAGCACAUGCUUCCUCCACGACAUGUUUUACUGCUGUGUUGGGUUCAUUUAUUAAUAUCUCCAUCUAAUAUAUGGAACAUGAGCUGGAGUGUGGUUAACCUGAGGCACGUAUUUUCUUAAUUUAUUUAGUGUCUAUGUGAUGAUAUUUCGGGUUCAGCUUCUGGUUUGAUAUUUAUGGAGAAGAGAAAGAUGAUCUGAUAAAUGCUCUAAAUUAAGAUAAUAUGGAUAGAUUUGUUUGCUUGAUUGAUUUUACAUGGCCUUUUGCUUUUGGAAAUACACUUUUGGACCUCGUAUGGGACAAUGUCUCCACAUCCCAAAGCUGAGUGGACUAAUAGUUGUUGGAUUCCCACACACACAUGUCCGCCAGUGCAAACAUACUCUGGGCUGUGCUUUGUAUCUUUGGAGGAGAACAAAUACUCUCAGUGGCUCUUGAGGAAAAAAAAAUCUAAUAAAAAGGAAGGAAGAAACAGCUAUCAUCACAUUUGCUGGUAUCUUCCUUUAAACAAAACGUCCUCGUACUGC